UCAGUGAGAGGGUGAUAGCUGUUUUGUUUACAGUUAAAGAUUGCAUUUAUCUAAAAGAUAUUUUGUGCACACAAUGCUACAAAACAUAUGUCGCAUCUGUGCUAUUGACACUAAUGAAGUAACCAAACUCUUUGAGAAGAGUGCACGAAAAUUGGUGCGCCAAAUAAAACUUCUUACCGGUGUUUUUCUGGAGUCCAAACCCGACUUGCCCGAUGUGAUUUGCAAUAGCUGCUUAGAGGAUUUGCACUGUGCCAUAGAGUUUCGUCGCCGCUGCUUGCUUAACCACAAACGAUGGAAGCCCACAAAGUUAAUGGAAUCCGAGUCUGGAGCAUCCACAAGGGUUAUUUGUAUGCGCCGCAGCACGAGAAGUCGGAUGCAAUAUGUGGAAGAUGAAGCGCCAUUAAGUCCUGUUGAAGUGCUUAUUAAAGUAGAGCAACCAAAAUGUAAUGCAAUUGACGACGACAUCGAUCAUUUGGAGCCCCCAAACCAGACCGAAAAUGAUAACAGACUUGACCUUACUGUGUCGGAGGAGGAGGAGCUCUAUGUGCCACCCACAAAGGGAAAAUUACGAUCACGCUCACGUCUAAUGAAAGCGACAAUCUUAAAGCAGCCCCGCACUAAGCAAAAGCUGCCAGUUUUCUUCUGUGAUCAGUGUGGAAACAACGUGACGGGAAAAUCUGCCUUUGAUCGCCAUCUGCGCAAACACAGCGGCAUUCGACCCUUUCAAUGCGAGCAGUGUCCUGCACGUUUUUUCUCAGCCGGCGAGCUUAAAGGUCAUCUAGUGAUGCACACGGGGGAUCGCAACUUUCCCUGUCGUUACUGCGAACGCACCUACGUCAACUAUAGUGGUCGACUGCGUCACGAACGAACCCAUACCAAUGAGCGGCCAUUUGCAUGUGCCCAAUGUGGCAAGACUUUCACCAACUCCUACAUACUCAAAAACCAUAUGCUGGUUCAUACUGGAGAACGGAUGUUUAGAUGCGAUUUGUGCGAUCGCGCAUUCUCGCGUCCAACGCACUUAAAAACACAUUAUCGCUCGAAUACCCACAAGCAUAAUUUGGAGAAAUCCAGUGCUGAGCAACUGCAGCCGUUUAAGACGAAUGAACUACAAACGACAGCUGAUAUUGUCUCACUUUAUGAUUCUAACGAAGAUCCACAGGUUCAAUUAAUAGCUACUGUUGACGUAACUUAA